AUGGUUCAACUCAACCGCCAUCGCACAACCACUGCCCAGCCGAAACCCAGAUACGGCCAUCUAUCUCAGAUUGACCCUGUAUUCGCAACCCUCAAAGACGCUCUCGACAAGAGAUUCUCCGAGCUGUGGUCGCUGUCGCUGGACGAUUUGAAGACUGCGUACCGAAAUGCUCCUCCGGCGCUCCCAGAAGACGUCCCUGUGGCGGGAAAGGACUACCAAGUGUCAGAUCAAGAGAUGUCGACCAGAGACGGCGCAAAGAUCGGCUUGCGGAUCUACAGGCCCAUGCAGAGCAGGGCAGGGGCCGUGUUGGUCUUGAAAGCGCAUGGCGGGGGCUGGGUCCUGGGGAGCCACCAGGUCGAAGAAGUCGAAAACCGCAUGUUGGCUACUGCAUAUGGCGGCGGGGCCGUGGUCGUCAGUGUCGAUUACCGAAUGGCGCCGGAGUACCAGUUCCCCUACGCGGUCAACGACUGUUUUGAUGCCUUGAAAUGGGCAAGUUUGUGUCCCUCCCCCCCCCCCCCCCAGUGCAAGGCCAAUGCCUCUGACUUGGGGAUCGAUCCAGAAUCAAUCAUCGUCGCGGGAGGAAGUGCCGGAGGCAACAUCGCAGCUGUCCUCGCCCUGAUGGCCCGCGAUCAAAACGAGUCUGGCAUCAUCGGACAGGUGUUGAACAUCCCCGUCACCUGCCACCCAGACCUUUUUCCCCGAGACAAAUACGAGUACGGCAGCUACGAACAAAACGACAGUGCCAGCGUCGUCGACGCGCCCAAGAUGCACUGGUUCUGGGAACAGUACAUGCCCGAGGUCGUCCCAGAUGUGUAUGCCAGCCCACUCUUGUCGAAGAGUCACGCUGGACUACCACCCGCUCUGAUUCAAGUAGCUGGCCUCGAUCCUCUCCGAGACGAAGGCCUAGCUUACGCAGAAGCACUCAAGGGUGCCGGUGUGCCUGUCACUCUGAAAGUAUAUCCCGGAUUGCCGCACGGCUUUUACCUGGUUCCGACCCUGGAACAGACGCGAGAGUAUUGGAAAAGCACGGUAGACUUUGUCAAGCAUCUCGGCGCAUCCGCCAGGAUUUAA